UUGUAUCCACAAUGUCCUUGCUGUGUUUAUUUAUCACUCUCGCGAGUGUAUUUCACCCUUGUUGUGGCAAAGAUCAACUGCGUGCAUGCUCUCCUGGGGACAUCAUCAUCGGCGGACUUUUCCCUAUUCACAUAAAAACCAAUAGAACAACAACACCUGGACCAAUCUCCUGUAGUGACUUUUCCAUCCAAACGUUCUUAAACUCACAAGUGAUGAUAUACGCCAUCAGGGAGCUAAACCAGCGCACACCCAGGGUUCUACCCAACAUCACCAUAGGUUAUGACAUCUAUGACACUUGUGGAGACGUCAGCCUUGCCAUCAGAGCCACACUUCAGCUGCUGCAGAGCCAAACAGACCAUCAGAACUGUUCGCGACCUGCAAACACCCAUGCUUCUUUCCGUGAAACCCAAUUAAAGGCAGUGAUCGGUGACAGUAGUUCGGAAGUAUCGGUAGCUGUUGCACGAAUUACUGCUCUGUCAUCAGUUGCCCAGAUUAGCUAUGCAUCUACAAGUGAGAGGCUCAGCAACAAGAUGAAGUUCCCCACCUUUCUGCGAACAAUAUCCAGUGAUGAAAACCAGGCAAAAGCCAUUGCUGACCUGGUGAUGAAGUUGAACUGGACAGCAGUAGCCAUUGUAGGAAGUGAUGAUGCGUACGGGAGGUACAGCAGUGAGCGUCUUGAGAAAACAUUCAAAGAUACAGAAAUCUGCAUUGACUUUAUUAACAUCCUACCUAGUUACUUUUCCCAGAACAAGUCCGAAACCCAUAAGUGGCUGACUGAUCUGGUGAGCUCUAUCAAUAGUUCCGUCGCUGAGGCCAUCAUCAUCUUCACCAAGUCCUCCAAUGUUAAGCUCGUCAUUGAAGCAGCUAUUAAAGGGAGACUCAACAGAACUUGGAUUGCAAGUGAUUCAUGGUCAACCUCGAAAGACAUCUCCUCAAUGCAAGACAUCGAGUUGGCCGGAAAGGUUUUCGGAUUCAUCUCUAAGAAAAAUGAUGUGCCGGGUUUUAAAAACUACGUCAUCUCAAAUUUCAAAAACACCACUAAUGCCUUUCUUGAUCAUUAUCUGACUCGAAUCAAUUGUUCUCAUGAGUCUAAAAUAAGGCCAGAGGGGUCCAAGCAAUGGCUGGAUCCCAGCUGCUUGACCAAACACAUUGACCGUGAUUAUUCAUACAAUACAUACUUAGCCGUUCGAGUCAUUGGUGAGGGUCUCAGACGCUUGCUAAAGUGUGACAACCAACAGUGUGAGCGUACCCCCAAUUUCACAGCCUUGGAGCUUCUCAUGGAAAUCAAGAAAGUAAACUUUACUGUGAACAACACACAUAUACACUUUGACAGCAAAGGUGACCCCAGUUUAGGAUACGAUAUUGUAUACUGGAGCACAAAUAUAUCCACACGGAAAACCCACAUAGAAACCAUUGGAGCAUACUUUUCUAAGGAUGGAGUCAAAAUUCCAGAAGGUCUUGAGAGCAAUGUGAAUGUAUCUGUUUACAACUGCUCUAAAAAGUGCGAUCCAGGGCAACAGUUGCAGGAGCAAGGCAAACGGUGCUGCAAAAUCUGUGUUCAAUGUGCAGAAGGAGAUUUUUCUCCUAAAGAUGGUGAGGAGUGUAAGAGCUGUGGUGAAGAGAAGUAUUCGUCUCCACAGAAGGAUACAUGUUUGGACAAACCUGUGUACCCAAUCUGGUUGGAUCCCUUCAAUAUAAUUUUGUGUUGCUUUCAAAGUUUGGGGAUAAUUGUUACUGUUGUGUUUAUUAUUGUGUUUACAAUCUAUCGUAACACUCCUGUUGUGAAGGCAGUUGGAGGUAAUUUGUGUUUCUUGGAGCUGUUUUCCCUGCUGGCCUGCUUCUGCCUUACGUUUAAUUUAAAUGGAAGGCCCACCAAGGCUUCCUGCACGCUGGGCCUGCCUGUCUUUGGCAUAGCUUUUUGCCUUUGCAUCUCCUGCAUCCUAGUCAACCUGCUCCAAAUCGUUGUGGGCUUCAGCUUUAGCUUGAACACAGGGACCUGGAUAAAGAAGCUCAAUAAGCCAGUGGCUGUGGUGAGCAUUUUGUCUGGGAUCCAGUUUGCCUUGUUUGUGCCGGGGUUUUACUAUUUCCCCCUUACUCCUCAAAAACUGCCAUUAGCUGAGAUCAUCGUGUAUCAGUGUAACACAGACUCCAUUGUGUUCAUUGGUCUCAUGUUAGGCUAUAAUACUUUAUUGGCCCUUAUUGGUUUCCUGUUAGCAAUCAAAGGCAAAGAGCUGCCAGAUCUAUAUAAUAAUGCACUUUCAGUCGCCGUCAGUAUGUUGCUGCACUUACUAAUUUGUAUCAUUUUCAUCCCAAUUUAUAUGAAUUUGAUUGGGAAGUACAAACGAGCAACAGCAAUUGUAACCAUGCUCGCCUCUAGCUACAGCAUCGUCUGCUUUCACUUGGCCCCCAAGUUUUACAUUAUGUUGUUCAGGCAAGAAAUUAAUAAUGAGAGAGCCAUUACUGAGAACAUCAGGAUGCAUUACGUGCAGAGAGGCUUGGCUGUGGUGACAUCAUAAUAUCACUCGCACAUCCAUCAUUUCUUUGCAUGUGCUGGUAAACAAUUAUCCAAAGUACAGUCGGUCACACAGUAUGUAUUAAUGCUACAUAUGUCCUCUCAGAUACAAUUAUUUGAGGAAAAAGGUUGUUUUUUUUAACACUUCGUCACUGCUGUUACCACCACCACAGAUGAAUUAGAUAUUUUGUAUGGAGAUUAAGGUAGUUUGGGUUUUUUGCUGACUUUUCUCGCUUUUUUUUUAUAUCCAGGAAAAAAUAUUCAAAAAACUCAAAACAGACGGUGCAGUGUGUUUGUAAGGUAAAUAUGUGGGUUGGCUCGGACUUUUUUCGCCAGCUAAAUAAUGUAUAUUGUUCUUUUUGUGUCAAUGUUUUGACAGUUUUAAACAUAUAUUCAUUGAGAUGAGUCAGACAAAGUGAUCGACACUUAAAAUGACUGAACAUGCCAACAUGUAUUUAAUCAACCUCUAUCGUAGAAAUUGAAUACACUUUUGGGGAAUUGGGAAAGUUUGGGCUUGUUUUAAGCAAUUUUGCCUUUUUUUUGUUCUUGUUUUUCUGGUUCUGCGAACGUCAUUAAUUUACAUUACAUUGUGAUCCAUCAUUUGUAAUAAUGUAGUUUCAUUUAGUUUAAUGAACUAAAACUAUGACAAAGUGGUAGAAAGAAAUAUAGUGUAGUUGUGUAGGGGAUGUUUUAUACAUCUAUUUCAAAUGUGUGGUUAAACAGUACCUAUAUCUAUCACAAAAAAUAAAAUAAAAUAAGGAGGGGAAAGAGAAUGGAACAGUCUGCUUCUUGAGUCCCUGUGUUCACCUCUUGAGUGAGCUACUAGCUACGAAUGUGACUAAAAUGCAUCUCCAAGCUGCUCUCUUGACAGCAGAAAGCCGACACUCCUCUGCAGGAGCAAACAUGCUCUGGAAACAAGAUGCAGAUGCACUGCUAUUACUGUGGAGCGCCAAGAGUCAUAACCUUUUUGAUCUUUGGAUUCUACACAAAUGAGCAGACUGUUCUGUUGUGUGAAUGGAUGUAGAUGGUGCAUAUGGAUUAUACUUUCUAAAAUGUCAAUGCUUUGUAAAUGGAGAGCAACUUGCUGUGUAAAAUUUCUACUAGAGUGACAACUGAAACUCCAAAAACUGCAAAAAGAGACAAAGAUGGGCAACAGUGAAGUAACAUGUGAGCUCGCGCCAUAAACACAUGGCCAGAAACAUGGCCAGAAUCAAAAUUAAUACGAAAAAUGACUUUAUUUAGGGAUGGAUACCAAAACCUGGUAUUAUGAGUCAUAGGACUAAAUUUGAGCAAGAUCUGAAAAACGUGCUGGAAGUAAUAUGCAGAAGGAUACAUCCCUUAACUUCCCCUUGCCAGUAUGUGGCUCUAUGAUUUUUAUUGAAAAUUGGCCUGUAAAAUUUGAAAUUUGGUAAAUAUCUGAAUGUGUGGAAUCUACUUACAAUAUUUAACAUUUUCAUGACGAAGGCUCACAAUUCACAACGCUGCCAUGGGCCGGAGGCAUUAGUGGCCACCAGGGGGCCCCCAAUGCUCAAUGUCACGAUAGGCACGGAUAGCACAGUCAGUCAAGACAGUUGAUGGAAAAGGCAGUAGUGUAAAAAAUUACAGACCAAUGUCAUCCAAAAAAUAAGGACAUAUCUUUUUAGUACAAAGAAAAUAAAGAAGAAGAAAGCAGAGGAAGCGAACAAACAGCAAGCUCAACAAGACCCCUAAAAUAUCAACAUUUUCACAGAUUCUGAUGCAUAUUUUGGAAUAUUAUGGUAGUUUGAAAGAGGAAGACCGAAG